UGAAUGGUGGGCUCGACAGCCACACCAUGCAGGAGCGGUCCUUGAUUGGUUCGGUGCACCGCAGGAAUAAACACUCUCAAGGUAUAUAUAUUGGAGCAAGGUGUGUCACUUCCAAGAAACUAGAACCCACUUCUAGAUAGCCCAUUGAAGAGCUGCCGUCCAACAUCAGAACAGGAAACAAACACAGCUGAGAAUGAGGGCGCAGGUCCAAAAAGUUCCACAGAUUGUGGAGCUGCUGAAGAAGAAGUCUUUUGGGUUGCAGCAUUUCAAGCCAACAUCCUCAGUGUGCGUAUUGGAGGAGAAGGAUGCUGUGGCGCCGGCGCAGUGCCCUCACGCUGCCUCCAGGACGCACGGCUUGGAUACGAUCCCGGGACCCACAAACUGGCCGCUGGUUGGGAGUUUGUUUCAACUCCUGUGCAAAGGAGGCUUAACCAGACAGCACGAGGCAUUGAUCGAUUAUCACAAAAAGUUUGGCAAGAUUUUCCGGAUGAAGCUGGGCUCCUUUGAGUCGGUGCACAUUGGCGCACCUUGCUUGCUGGAGGCGCUCUACAGGAAGGAGGGCAGUUACCCUCAAAGGCUGGAGAUCAAACCCUGGAAAGCAUACAGAGACAUGCGAAACGAGGCGUACGGACUGCUCAUUCUUGAGGGAAAAGACUGGCAGAGAGUGAGGAGCGCGUUUCAGCAGAAGCUCAUGAAGCCGACAGAAGUGAUGAAACUUGACGGAAAAGUAAAUCAGGUAAUGAUGGACUUUGUCGAAAGAAUCGGAAGAAUCAACAAAAAUGGAAGAAUUAAGGAUUUGUACUUCGAACUUAAUAAAUGGUCCUUUGAAACCAUUUGUCUUGUACUCUAUGACAAGAGGUUUGGUCUGCUGCAGGAAAAAGUCAAUGAAGAAGCCAUGCACUUCAUCACAGCAGUGAAAACAAUGAUGAGCACGUUUGGAAUGAUGAUUGUCACACCUGUGGAGUUCCACAAGAGCUUUAACACCAAAACCUGGCAGAAUCACACUGCAGCGUGGGACAGCAUUUUCAGCAUAGCCAAAGUCUACAUCGACAAGAAGUUGAAGAAGAAUGCCAUCAGAGCUCCUGACGAUUUAAUCGGCGACAUCUUACACCAAAGCAGUCUGUCCAAGAAGGAGCUUUAUGCAGCCAUCACCGAGCUGCAGGUUGGAGGAGUUGAGACGACCGCCAACAGCAUGCUGUGGGUCAUUUUCAACCUGUCACGUAACCCUGAUGCUCAGAGGAAGUUGCUGCAGGAGAUCAGAGAGGUGGUGCCCUCAGACCAGAACCCAAGUGGGGAGCAUAUCAAGAGCAUGCCCUACCUCAAAGCCUGCCUCAAAGAGUCAAUGAGGUUGUCACCUUCAGUCCCCUUCACCAGCAGGACCCUGGACAAAGACACUGUGUUGGGAGAUUACGCCAUUCCCAAAGGGACUGUGUUAAUGAUCAAUAGCCACGCACUGGGCUCCAGUGAAGAAUACUUUAAUGACAGCAAGCAGUUUAAACCGGAGCGCUGGCUGAGGGAAAACAGCAACAUCAAUCCUUUUGCCCACGUCCCCUUUGGAAUCGGGAAGCGGAUGUGCAUUGGUCGGAGACUGGCAGAGCUGCAGCUGCAGCUGGCAAUGUGCUGGUUGGUUCGAGACUAUGAAAUCGUAGCAACAGAUAAUGAACCACUUGAUGUGAGACACUCUGGACUUUUGGUUCCCAGCAGAGAAUUGCCUGUUGCCUUCAUCAAGCGAUAGGGCCUCAUGUGAAAGUGUUCUGGAUGUGACGACAGACAGCUGAUGCGUCUGUUGUGAUGGUCCUGAUGGUCCAGUGACUCCUACCCACUGCUGCUCUGUACAUAAAAAAAUGACAUGAUUGCGCCUGAAAUACCUCAUCAUUAUUUAAAGGUGGUUUUGCAACUAAGUAAGACUGACCAAAACACACGAUGUUAUGUACAAUUUAAAGAUUGUAACAAGGCAGCUGUCUUUCAAUCUUCAUUAUCACACUUGUAGAAUGUAGAUGUUAAACUAUUACUUUAUACUAUUAUUGUUUUGUUGUGUUUGUACAUAUCCAUUUAUAUAGAUCUAUAUAUGUAUAUAUCAGUCGUACAUUCUGUUUAUCUUUUUAAUGUUUAUUGGAGAAUCACUACAAUAAUUAAUAUUGUAUUCCUGUACGUUGUAUUAUGUAGAAACAUAUUUUAUUCUCUGAAAUAAAUGCAUUGAUUGAUACAUCAA